AAUGAACUAGACGACCAAUUGCAUAAUUCUUCAUGAGACUACAUUUAUUUCAUUCUUCCCAAAAUCUUGGGUAAAGAAACACAUUAAGAGCCCGAUAGAUUAUAUGGUGGAACUUCAAAAGCCCAAAAAAAAAAAAACGUUUUAGUACCCUUUAAAUUGAUUUGAAACUGACUAUAACUAGUAGAUGAAUAAGUAACCGUAAAUUAUCUCUCUAAAUUUGAAAGAAAAAUCAAUGGCAUCUUCAAAUAUUGAUCUAUUUGUUGAUGAAGCAUAUCUUUCAGCAUUAAUCGACGACGAACCACUCCCAAUUUCAGAUGAGAAAUAUGCUCAUGAAUUACACCUUCAAGAAGCUCUAAUUUCCUCAUCUUCAAUUCCACAAAAACCUCUAUUUCAAUCCCCAAAAACAGAGGACAAAAAUCAAAGCAAUCAUGUAAAAAGAGAGAUUGGUGAAUCAUCCCAAACCCAACUCAUUUUCUGUGGCAUUUGCAUGGAUUACAAACAAAACCCAGAAAUCUUCAAAGGUUUAAUCAACUGCAAGCAUUCAUUUUGUACUGAUUGCAUAAUCAAAUACGUCGUAUCAAAGAUCAAAGAAAACAUUGGUUUGGUUGAAUGCCCUGAUCCCAAGUGCAAACUAGCUAUAGAACCUGAAAAUUGCAGUGGUAUUUUACCUAAAGAAGUGUUUGAGAGGUGGGAAAAUGCUCUUUUUGAAGCUAUGAUUCCUGGGUACCAGAAAUUUUACUGCCCAUAUAAGGAUUGUUCUGUUUUAAUGGUGGAUGAUGGAGGUGUUGAGGUUAGAUCAUCUGAAUGUCAGAGUUGCAGGAGAUUGUUCUGUGCUCGUUGCCAAGUUCAGUGGCAUGACGGCGUUACGUGUGAGGAGUUUCAGAUGUUGGGGAAGGAUGAGAGGGAGAAGGAAGAUAUAAUGGUUAUGAAGCUUGCUAAGGACGAGAAAUGGAGGAGGUGCCCUAAUUGUAGGAUUCAUGUGGAGAAGACUGAAGGUUGUCAUCACAUGAGCUGCAGGUGUCGUUAUGAAUUCUGUUAUGUAUGUGGAGAUAAGUGGAGCAGUAGCCACCAGGGGUUAUGUCUACCACAAACAUGAGAAGCAGCAAUUCUAAUGAAAGUUACGAAGAAACUAGAAAGUAAAAUGCUUGAACAU